AUGAAGGCCAGCGUCAAGUCCAUGCUGGUGCUCAGCAUCUAUGCUGCCACUGCACUCACCGCACACGCUGCUUCACUCGAGCACCUCAACAUGCUCUUCCACACUCGUCAGGCCGAAGCCAUCAACGAGACCGAGUCCUCAUCGCUCAACUGGAACAUCAGCUCCGAUGCCAACUCUGCCCUGGCAACUGCUCCCCUUGCCGGCACCUUCUACCGUGGUGGUCCUGAGUUUGCUGACCUCAACAGCCCUUUCCACCCUGUCACUGGUAACGGUGGUUGGGAGUGGGCCGUCGAGAAGGCUCGUAGCGUCGUUGGUCAGCUCACUCUCGACGAGAAGGUCAACCUCACUGCUGGUAUCGUUGGUGGUCGCUGCGAAGGUACUCUUGGUCGUGUCGACCGUUUCGGUAUUCCUGAGCUCUGUUUCCAGGAUGGUCCUGCCGGUUUCCGUGCUUCCGACUUUGUCACCGUCUUCCCUUCUGGGGUUGCUUCGGCUGCCACUUGGGACCGUGACCUGAUCUACCAGCGUGCUGCUGCGCUUGGUUCCGAGUUCAAGGCUAAGGGUGUCAACGUCCACCUUGGUCCUGUUACUGGUGGUCCUCUGGGCCGCAGUCCCUUUCAGGGUCGUAACUGGGAAGGCUUCGGUCCUGACCCUUACCUCCACGGUGAGGCUUCAUACUACACUGUUGCUGGUACUCAGUCCGCUGGUGUCAUUGCCACCGCCAAGCACUUCCUCGCCUACGAGCAGGAGACCUACCGUCAGCUUUACGCCGCCUCGGACCCCUUCACCCUCAACCGCAACAACAACACCUACCUUACCUACAGUGCCAACGGCUGCGAGAACUCGGCUGUUCUCAACACCAUCCUCAAGGAGGAGCUUGACUUCCAGGGUUUCGUCGUCACGGACUGGUCGGCUGCCUUCAACACUUCCAACACCUACAACGGUGGUUCUGAUGUCAUUAUGCCUGGUGGCAUGACCGGUGGCUACAAGAAUCUUGUUGGCGGGAAGGACCUCGUUCGCUCGCUCAACGAGGGUGAGAUCAAGAUCGAACGUAUCGAUGACGGUAUCGUCCGUCUUCUCGCCCAGUGGUACCUCCGUGGCCAGGACAACGGUUACCCCACUGUCAGCUACAAGGACGGCUACCAGAACACCAUCUACAACGGCACCGUCGUCAACGAGCAUCGCAACGUCCAGGGUGACCACUGGAAGAUCGUCAAGCAGAUUGGAGAGGAAGCUGUUACCCUCAUAUACAACAAGCCCUCGAAGAAGGCUGGUCCCCAGGCUAGCACCGAGUUUGGCCUCGGUCUGCCUCUCAACAAGAAGGCUCGUGUUGCUAUCUUCGGUAGUGACGCUGGUGCCAACCCUUACGGCAUCAACUCGUGCCAGGACUGGAUUGGUCUCGGCUCGCAGCUCUGCCCUGCUAAUGCUACUUCGAAUGGCACCCAGGCUGUCGGCUGGGGUUCCGGUGCUGGUUUCUUCCCUUACCUCAUCGACCCUCUUGCUGGUAUCUCUGAGGUUGCUAAGGAGGGCCACGGUGCUGUGCUUAGCAACCUUAACGAUGUCGGCGAUGCUCAAAACCGAAAGCUCAUUAGGCAGAACGCUGGUCUCGCUGAUGCUUCCAUCGUCUUCGUCCAGGCCAGGUCUGGUGAGGACAGUGACCGACACAAUCUCCGUCUCGAUGCUGAGGGCGAUGAGCUCAUCAAGCUAGUCGCUUCGCAAAGCAACAACACCAUCGUCGUUAUGCACACCGUCGGUCCCGUUCUCAUGAGUGACUGGUUCGACCACCCUAACAUCACUGCUCUUGUCCUUCCUCACUUGCCCGGUCAGGAGUCUGGUUCUUCGCUCGCUCGUGUUCUCUACGGUGACGUCAACCCCUCCGGUAAGAUGCCCUACUCCGUCCUCUCCAACAAAGACGCGGUGCACUACCCCAAGAUCGUCGGCAGCCCGGCCAGCGACCCUCAGGUAGACUUCACCGAAGGACUCUACAUUGACUACCGUGCAUGGGACAAGAUGGGUCUCGAGCCUCUCAUCCCCUUCGGUCACGGUAUCUCGUACACCAAUUACAGCUACUCGAACCUCCAGAUUCAGAAGUCUGCUGAUAACUGCUUCGCUCCCACCGAGGUCAAGGCCAGCCAGGGAGGCGACAAGGCUCCUGGUGGACCGGGAAGCCUGUUCCAGUACCUCGUUGAGGUCACUGCUGAUGUCCAGAACGUCGGCGGACGAGAGGGUCAUGAGACUGCCCAGCUUUACAUUGGCUACCCUGAGGCUGCUGAUGCACCCAUCAAGCAGCUCCGCGGUUUCGAUAAGGUCAAGUACCUACAGCCCGGUCAGGCUAAGCAGGCUACUUUCAAGCUCACCAAGCGUGACUUCUCGGUUUGGGACGUUGUUAAGCAGAAGUUCGACGUCGUUGACGGCCAGUACAAGAUUUGGGUCGGCAAGAGCUCGCGUGAGUCUGACCUUACGCUUCGCGGCUCGGUCACCAUGCAGGGUGGCAAGGUUGCCAACUACAGCGCCAGCUCGUAA